GUCGGCCGGCUGCACAUGUUCCACGGCCUGCCCGGCUGGGACGAGAUGGCUCCACGGCCGCUGUUCCCCGUCCCGCAGACGCCGCACGACGCGCCGCGUGCGCCGCACGAGGCCGACCGCACCGAGAACGGGCGCGCUAUCCGGUCCUCCACCGGCAAGAAGGUGCGCCGCCGCAAGCCCAACGAGCGCAAGAGUAUCAAGCGCGCGCCAGCGUCGGCCGAGCCGGGCGGCGAGCUGGAGGAUCGCUCGCCGCGCACCUGGAUACAGGAGAGCACCUCCGACUCGGAGGCCGGCGGCGCCGAGGCCCGGCUGCGCGCCGCCCAGGCGCGUGUGCGCCAGGCGGCGUUGGUGUUGCUGCACUCGGUGGUGAGCUUCAGCGACAAGCGGCACAUGCUGGGCUUCUGGCCGUCGUUGGUGCCGGACACGCCGCACGUGCCGGCGCGCACGCUGAUGACAGUGGUGCUGCAGGACCCGGCGGCGCGCUGCCGGCUCGGCGCCGCCUCCGUACUGCGGGAGAUGCUCGACUCGAGCCGCUUCUUCUUGACAGGGGUCGAUGACCGCGUGCCGGCCGGGCCGGCGCCCUUCACGCCCUACUCGGUGACCAUGGCGUGCCUGGUAAAGGAGCUGCACCGCGGCCUGCUGUUGGCGCUGCUGGCCGAGAAGUCGCCGCUCACGCUAGCCGCCGUGCUGCGCGCGCUCGCCACGCUCGUGGCCAACGCUCCGUACCACCGGCUGCGCGUCGGCUUGCUGACCAAAGUCAGUCGACACGUGCGCGCGUUCCUCUCGCACCGCAACCACGACGUCAAGAUGGCGGCGCUGUCGGUGCUGAUCAACGUGGUGUCGAUCCACGAGCCUCUGCCUGAGGUGUUCCAGCUGCUGCGCGCGCCGUCGCUGCUGGACGAGGCCUCGUCCACCGACGCGCGCGACUCGGCCACCUCUGCGGACGAGGUCACUGCCGACGCCGGCGACGAACUAGAGCUGCUGGAGGACGAUGACGAGCCUGACGAGGAGGCGGAGCCGGGCGCGCCGGCCGUCCGGUCCUGGCUGUGGGUGCGCUGCCGCGCCUUCGUGCUGCGUCAGCGCGACGCACCGCCGGCCACGUUCUUUUACCCGACGCCGGUGCGCCUGCAGGCCAUGCGCACGCUCUGCGCGCUGGCCAAGAACUACUUCGCGGCGGUGGCCGGCUGCCUGCCGGAGGUGAGCGCGCUGCUCGAGCGCUGCAUGUGCGACGAGGACAUGUCGGUGCGCCUGCACGGCGCGCACCUGCUCGAGUGCGUGGGCGACGCGGCGGCGGCGGUGGCGUCGGGCGCGGCCGCCUACGACCUGUGGCUGGCAGCGCUGGCCAGGCCGCUGCCGGCGCUGUUCGCGCCCGACCAGAAGCCGUUCGUUCGCGCCGCCGCGUGCCACGCGCUCAGCACGUUGGGCGCCGGCGUGUUCGAGCGGCUGCCGCGCGACAAGCAGCUGUUGUGCGUGACGCUGCUGCUGCCGCUGGCGGCCGACGAGGAGGGCAGCGUGCGCUGCGCGGCCGUCCGCGCCGCCGGCGUGUUCGUGCGGCUUCCCAGCCUGGCCGACGACCCCGGCUACCUGCUGGACACGGCCGAGGCGGCGUGCGCUCCCGCCACCGCCGCUCACCCCUUCCCGCAGGUGCGCAUCAACGCCGUGUGGACGCUGGCCAACCUGACCGACUCACUGGUGCAGCGGCCCGCCUGGCAGCCGCUGGCCACCGUCGUGCUGGCCAACAUGACGGCCGUGGCGCUGCGCGCCGCCUCCGACAGCGACAAGGUGAAGGUGAACGCUGUACGCGCGCUGGGCAACCUGCUGCGCCACUUCCCGGCCGAGGUGGCCGCCGACGGGCGCAUCGCGCCGCUCGUGCCCAACUGCGUGGCUGCUCUUGUGCGCUGCAUGAGCACCGGCAACAGCGUCAUCCACAUGAAGGUGCGCUGGAACGCCUGCUACGCCGCCAGCAACGUGUUCAAGAACGGAUGCCUGCCGUUUGCCACGGCUGCCUGGCGGCCGCCGCUUAUCGAGGCACUCUGUAAGUUGGCCAGCAAUUUCAAGAACUUCAAGGUGCGCAUCAACGCGGCGCUGGCGCUGGCGUCGCCGACGGACCGCACCGCGUACGGCGACCAGUUCCUGAUGGCUUGGAGCCGCAUGCUGGAGGCCCUGGAGACGGCGCAGAACAUCACCGACUUCAACGAGUUCAAGCACCGCGACACACUGCUACGCCAGGUCUGCCUCACGCUUUGCCACCUGGCGGCUCUGCUGCAGGCAGCGGAUCUGGCGCAGGCAGCUGACGCGCUUGCCGCGCACCUGGAGACAGUCACGGCGCACAUGAGUCGGCUACCCAGCGCCCUGCUACCCGAGCAGUCAGCACCCCUGCUGGCGGCUCGCGAGAACCUCAGGCUACUGAAGCAGAACAGAGGUGGCGCGCUCAGCGCCGACAAGACCGAGGCGCUCAAACUUCUCUCAGAUGUCUUUGAAGCCACAGUUGAUGACCACCAUGUGCUCUGACUCAGGUCGUGUGUGUUUGACUCAGGCCGCAUGCAUUUGAGUCAUGCCACCUAUUUGAGCUCGGGCUGAAACGUGGAGCUUUCUCGAGAAGGGUUACGUGGCAUCCGUGAUAAUUGUGAGUGGCACAUGAUUAACAAGUGAGAAUGCGUGUGUUUAGUUAAACUGUGUGACAAGUUCGUGCUAUUGGUGGACAGUCGUUUGUUUUGUGCAAGGCAGGCAUUGCGCGAACUGACUGUGGUGGCCUGACUAUUUUUCCACUACGGCGUCCCGGAACUAUGUCGAUCCAAACCGACACAGGUGAUUUCUAAUUCAGAUUUCAGUUAUGAUUAACCCUAUUGAUGGCGAAACAUGCGAUUUGCCACUUGAGCCCCUACAGAGCCGUGUGAUGGCGUGGUUUUUGAACGCACCGUGCGCCUGCAAUGCCUGGACCGUCAGGCCUGGAUGUUUUAUGUUGAAGUUGACAGUUGAUGCUAA